AUGGCCCGAGCGCGCGCCCCGGCCCUGCUGCUGCUGCUGGGCCCGCUGCUGGCAGCCGCCGCAGCGCAGAACGUGGGACCCCCAGGCCCCCCUGGGCCACAAGGGCCACCGGGAAAGCCAGGCAAGGAUGGCAUUGAUGGAGAAGUUGGUCCUCCAGGUCUACCUGGGCCCCUGGGACCGAAAGGGGCCCCAGGGAAGCCGGGGAAACCAGGAGAGGCUGGGCUGCCGGGACUGCCGGGCGUGGACGGCCUGACUGGACGGGAUGGACCCCCUGGACCUAAGGGUGCCCCUGGAGAACGGGGAAGUCUGGGACCCCCGGGGCCGCCUGGGCUCGGGGGCAAAGGCCUCCCCGGACCCCCUGGAGAGGCAGGAGUGAGUGGCCUCCCAGGUGGGAUUGGCCUCCGUGGCCCCCCGGGACCCUCUGGACUCCCAGGCCUCCCUGGCCCCCCAGGACCUCCUGGACCCCCUGGACAGCCAGGGGUCCUCCCCGAAGGCGCUACUGACCUUCAGUGCCCAGCCAUCUGCCCACCAGGCCCUCCCGGACCUCCAGGAAUGCCAGGGUUCAAGGGCCCCACUGGCUACAAAGGGGAGCAGGGAGAAGUGGGCAAAGAUGGCGAGAAGGGUGACCGCGGCCCCCCUGGACCCCCUGGCGUCCCAGGCACUGUGGGGCUGCAGGGCCCCCGGGGAUUACAAGGACUGCCGGGGCCACUUGGGCCCCCUGGGGACCGGGGUCCCAUUGGUUUCCGAGGGCCCCCCGGGAUCCCAGGAGUACCUGGGAAGGUGGGUGACAGAGGCGAGAGGGGCCCAGAGGGAUUCCGUGGCCCCAAGGGUGACUUGGGCAGACCUGGUCCCAAAGGAAUCCCUGGAGUGGCUGGGCUGGCUGGAGAGCCGGGCAUGCCAGGCAAGGAUGGCCGGGACGGCAUGCCAGGGCUCCAUGGAGAGAAGGGAGAGGCCGGUCGCAAUGGCGCCCCUGGAGAGAAGGGCCCCAACGGGCUGCCGGGACUCCCUGGACGUGCAGGGUCCAAAGGCGAGAAGGGAGAACUGGGCAGAGCUGGGGAGCUGGGUGAGGCUGGCCCCUCGGGAGAACCAGGCAUGCCUGGAGACACUGGCAUGCCCGGGGAGCGCGGUGAGGCUGGCCACAGGGGCUCUGCGGGGGCCCUUGGCCCGCAAGGCCCUCCUGGGGCCCCUGGCAUCCGCGGCUUCCAGGGCCAGAAGGGCAGCAUGGGAGAGCCUGGCCUUCCGGGCCCCCAAGGCCUCCGAGGUGACAUGGGUGACCGGGGCCCAGGAGGUGCCACAGGACCCAAGGGAGACCAGGGCAUUGCAGGUUCCGAUGGCCUUCCUGGGGAGAAAGGAGAACGGGGUCCCAGUGGCCCUGUCGGACCAAAAGGAGAGUCUGGCAGUCGAGGGGAGCUGGGCCCCAAAGGCAUCCAGGGUCCCAACGGCACCAGUGGUGUCCAGGGCGUCCCGGGCCCUCCCGGGCCCCUGGGCUUCCAGGGCGUCCAGGGCAUCCCUGGCAUCACGGGGAAACCAGGAGUUCCGGGGAAAGAUGCCAGUGAGCAGCGCAUCAGGGAGCUGUGUGGGGGAAUGAUAAGCGAACGAAUAGCAGGAUUAGCCGCUCACCUGAGGAAGCCUUUGGCACCGGGAGCCAUCGGUCGGCCAGGUCCAGCAGGCCCACCAGGGCCCCCAGGUCCCCCAGGCUCCAUCGGUCACCCUGGUGCUCGAGGGCCCCCUGGAUAUCGUGGUCCCACUGGGGAGCUGGGAGACCCUGGACCCAGAGGAAACCAGGGCGACAGAGGAGACAAGGGCUCAGUGGGCCCGGGGCUGGCUGGACCAGGCGGGGACCAGGGCCUGCAAGGGCCGCAAGGCGUGCCUGGCAUCAGCAAGGAUGGCCGCGAUGGCGCCCACGGUGAGCCUGGGCUUCCCGGUGAUCCUGGCCUUCCUGGUGCUGUGGGUGCUCAGGGGACUCCGGGGAUCUGUGACACCUCAGCCUGCCAAGGAGCUGUGUUAGGAGGGGGCGGGGAAAAGUCAGGUCCCAGGAGCUCCUAAAACAGAACCUAAGGAAGCAAGACAGCAGCAGCCACGACUGAAGCUCCAAGUUCUGAAAGGCACCGGAUCAGCAGUGUUCACAUAGCAAGGAGCGGACGGUGCGACGGGCUAGCUACGUCCAGGCACGGCUUCUGAGAGCAUCCUGACCACGCGUUGUCAGAUUGUUCUGUCUCCACGCCUAUUGACAAUGGUCCAUUCAUCUGUGCUAGCAUACCUCAAACACAGGCCCUGAUACAAUUGUAAACCCAACAUUCAAGAGGGAUAUAGGAUGUACAUAUAAAAAGUUUUGUACAAUUCCAUGAGAUAAAGAAUAUUCAGCAACUUGUUUACAUAGCAUUUGCGUAAGGACUAUGACAUCAUC